AUGGGGGUAGUUACAGGUGUGUGUGUGCUGCUGCUGUUUGCACCGACUGUUUCUGCAGUGUCUCUGUCUGUCAGUCCAAACCUUCAGCAGGUCUUCAGUGGAUCUUCAGUGUCUCUGAGUUGUGUUGAUGAUGGACAGACAGCUGAUGGAUGGACAGUGAAGAGGACCAGAGGAGGACUCACUGAGGACUGUGGAGCAGCUCCAGGCUUUGGGAGGCUUCUUGGUUCCUACUGUGUUGUGGAUCUUUCUGCUCCCAGUGAAACUUUCUGGUGUGGGGACUCCUCUGGACAGCAGAGUGACAGAGUCUCCUUCAGUGUCCAAUCAGACACUACAGAUAAAGGUGUCAUCCUGGAGAUCCCUGCACUUCCUGUGAGGACAGGAAGUGAUGUCAUUCUGCGCUGCAGGCAGAGUAAUGGUGCCACAGCAGCUUAUUUCUUCAUUAAAGGGCCUCGACCUAAAGAAACUAAACCAGAGCACAUCAUCACUAAGGUCCAGCAGUCUGAUGAAGGUCUCUACUCGUGUUCUACUGAUCAGGGUGCAAAGUCUCCUGAGAGCUCUCUGAGGGUCAGAGAUCCUCCUACAAUCAUCCAUCCUCCUCCUCACUGUCCUCCUCCUCCUCCCUCUCUCCUGGUCCCAGUUGUAGCAGGUCUGGUCUCCGUGGUUCUCCUGGUUCUGGUUCUGGGUGGAGUUCUGCUCCUCUGCAGUAAACUAAAAGGAGGUUGGGGAUCAGACCUGUGGAGCUGUGGAGGUGACGGCUGUCUGAGACGGAGCGUCUGCCUCUGCUUUUCAGGCCUGUUUCUGCUGACUGCUGCAGGUGUGUGUGUGGUGCUGCUGUCUGCUCUGACCGUUCCUGCAGCUCCUCCACCUCCCUGUGAGUCUGUGCUCAGAGUCUUCUGCCUUCUAGCGGUCUUCUGUCCGUACUGCAUCCUCACUGGUCUGCUGCUGUCCAUCUGCUGGAGCAGGAAGACACCGAACAAACCAGCCAUCUCCAUGGAGAUGACCCACUGUGAUGGAGGAGGUCAGGGACUGGAUGAAGUUGGUGUUGAUGUCACUGCUGAUGUCACCACUGAGCAUGCCUUCUGAGCUGCAGACUGUGUGUCAGGGUACCCAGCAUCUGCAGUAUUCCUGUAGUUUGAUUCCUCUUUUGCUGUAUUGGAGAAAUGUUCUAGCGUUUACUGUCAGUAUGUCCUAGUUAGGUUUGAGUUUAUCACAUCAUCCCUGUUUAUGUGUCAUUCCCUGUUUCCUGUGUAAGUCUGUCCUCUGUCCUCUGUGUCUGUCUCUUCAGUGAUGUCUCCUCUGUCUCACCUUCCUUUCUGUUUCGUGGUAUCAUUCCAUGUCUCCUCUGUCUGUAUUGUGCUUCCUGUACAUUCUCCCAGCCCAUCAUUUGAGUCUCCUCCCGUUUCCUUCCAAGUCCAUCUACUUCUUCCCUCCCGUCUCCUGUGUCAUGUUGUGUGAAUUAGUGUUUCCUGUUUUACUUUGACAGUGUCACGUCCUGUGUUCAGUGUGUGUAGUUUUGCUUCCUCUGUGUCUUCAGGUCCACUCUCCCUAAUUACCCUCAUGUGCUUAUAUUGUGUCUGUUUCCCUCUGUCAGGUUGUCUGUAUUUCCUGUGUCUCUCCCAUCAUGGUCCAGUUUCCCUUGUUUUUUGCUUUAGUUUUCCCAGUUUAGUCACUCAAUCUAGUCUUGGUUUCACAUUUCAAUUACGU